GGAUUUUGGUAUGUUUUAGUAUCACCAAUGACAGCCAGUUAGUUCCCCGCACUACACCCAACACUCUUCCUGUUUCUAUUUCUUGUCCAGGUCCAUAACUUUAUAUCAACGUAAUCAAUGUUCCUUCGUCCUACUAAACGUGCAUGCGAUGGGUGUAUAUCUCGCAAGGUGAGAUGCAGCGGGACCUGGCCCUGCGACACCUGUCGAAGCGGGCCAAAACAGAUCAACUGCACCUACUUCAAGCCAGCUCGCAAGAGAGGUCCGAAGGUUCGACGGCCUGCUGAAAUCCCCAGUGACCGCAUGCCUAGCGGCUGUCGUGUCUCAGCGAAUGACCUUGCUGAAACUACCCCGAGAGACGGCUUUGUUAUUGAAAGGAGUCCCGAUUCGGCACGUUCGUGGAGUCAGACGAUUCCUCAGGCAACCCUGGCUUACAUUGUGCGCGAAUAUCAACGAUCUUCCUAUAGCGUUUGGCCAGUGAUCAACGUCAAAGUACUCCUGCAGAGACUGGAGAGUGAUAACGACCCGAGUACGUACUGCUUAGCUUUGGCGCUUUGCGCAGCAACAAUGGCACAACUCCAACUCGCACCCCUAAUAAAUGGAGAUCGGGAGAUCGAAUGUAAACUUUUGGCAACUGAAUGUUUGCACCUGCGCGAAGAAAUAAAAUACCGGGAGCACCUUGAUGCGCGCAGUGUGCUUGUCUCGUUGUUUCUACACGUGUACCAUGCUAAAAUCAACAAGCGAAACUCGGCUAUGCUGUUUAUACAGGAGGCUAUUUCAGGUGCCAGGUUACUUAAACUGGAUGAUGACGGUAUGGUGGCAAGAGAGUGGAGUAAAGAUGAGAAUGUGAUUGCGAACUGCGACAUUCUAUUUACUUUGCUUUGGGUGUCAGAAAGAGGCUAUGCUAUGCACCUUGGCCUAAAACCGUCCUAUAAAAGUCCAACUUGGCUGUCAGACCGAGCACAAACAUCCGAAAACGCUCACGUGCAAGGCUUGAUCGAGCAUGCGAGAUUAUUCGCAGCGCUUGAUGGCGUUAUUACUGGAGAAAGUAAUUUAGCUGGACUUCCUGCUAGCACCCUAACGGAGACAGAAGCUGCUUUGUCGACGCUCUCCCUGGGCCAGGGUGAACGAGCGCCCACACGAAUGGCAGACUACUGCAUUACCAAGGAAUGGAUGCGGAUUAUAAUUUGGCAGGAGGCUCUAUCUCGACACUUACUUUCUUCCACGUCGUACCUGGAGUUGAUGACUUUUAGGUUCCCGGUCCAUGUUGGUCGGGAUUUGCUGUGUUCCUUGCAGGGAUUUUCCAGGUCCGAUUUGCUACCUUUGGGCCGUGACCAGCUUCUGAAGUGUUUUGAAAUUACAAACUCCCUCGCAGACACAGUAUUGUGUACCUCCUUCAUUGUUGCAUCGUUCCAGGGCUUUCACGUUGGCCCUCAAGACUUGUUGCAUGCUCUUUACCAGAAGCUGUUGCCGUUUCUGGACCAAGAUCAGACGCUAAAAUCAAUUCUACAUGUAAAAACUGCCAAGUCACUAGUUACAGCCCCAGCUCGUGCUCUGUAUCUUGGUAUAAACGAGCAAUGGCUCGGAGAGGAUCAGAACAACGACAGCAUUGAUAGUUGUCUGGAUCUUGCGACCAACGUGAGAAGUGCUAUAUCGGAUAUCCCUGACUAUUCUGUUUGA